AUGUCCAACUACCUGCAGGAGACGCACGACCGCGUGUUUGCGCAGAACAAGGAGUGGGCCGCAAAGCAGCGUGCCAAGGACCCCGAGUUCUUCACGCGCCUGGCUGCGGGCCAGUCGCCCGAGUACCUGUGGAUCGGGUGCAGUGACUCGCGCAUGCCGGCCGAGAUGAUCACGGGCCUCGAGCCGGGGGAGGCGUUCAUCCACCGCAACAUUGCCAACAUGGUCAACAACCUGGACCUGAGUGCGAUGGCCGUGAUCAACUAUGCCGUGCGCCACCUGAAGGUCAAGCACAUCAUUGUCUGCGGACACUACGGGUGCGGCGGCGUGCAGGCCGCCAUGACGCCCAAGGACCUGGGUAUCCUCAACCCCUGGCUGCGCAACAUUCGCGACGUCUACAGGCUCCACGAGAAGGAGCUCGAUGCCAUUGCAGACGACGAGAAGCGCUACGAGCGCCUCGUCGAGCUCAACGUCGUCGAGCAGUGCCGCAAUGUCAUCAAGACCGCGGCUGUUCAGCAGUCCUACGCUGAGAACGAGUACCCCAUCGUCCAUGGCUGGGUGUUCGACUUCCGCACCGGCCUCCUCAAGGACCUCGAGAUCGACUACGCAAAGGUCCUCAAGGACAUUCAGAAGAUCUACAACCUCACCGAGUAA